AUGCACCAAUAAGCUAGAUGCCAACCGCCGUAAAACCAGAAGACACAUGUAGCUAGAAUGGCAGCCGACCCAGAAUCAAAACUCCAGCUGGUCCAUAGACACAUUCGAGCUUUUCCAGACUUUCCAAAGAAAGGCAUCCUGUUCAGGGAUAUUUGUCCCAUCCUCAAGGAUCCAGCUGCUCUGACAGCAGUGAUUGACCUGUUUGAAGAACAUAUAAGGAAGAAUCACCAGCAGGUUGAUCUGAUAGUAGGUUUAGAUGCUCGUGGUUUCCUGUUUGGCCCUCUGCUUGCCCAGCGGCUGGGUGUUGGCUUUGUCCUGGUCAGAAAGAAAGGCAAACUGCCUGGAACCACUGUGUCUGUGGCAUAUGAUUUGGAGUAUGGCAAGGCAGAAGCAGAAAUCCAGGAGGAUUCCGUGGCUCCAGGACAGAAGAUUUUUCUCAUUGAUGACCUUUUGGCUACUGGAGGUGAGAGUUGGAAAGCCAUCAUGUUCACUAGGCUAGGGAGGAAGUUUUACAAAAACAAACUUGUAAAAUGUCAAAUAUUUCUCCUUACUGACAAUUCUUUCUGCUUGCAUCAAUGAGAGGCUACUGCUGAACUUAUGGAUUUACAUUGGCUGUCAGCAAACAAGACUCUGGUGGCCAUGGACACCAUUGCUUUACUGCCGCAGCGCCACUGGGGACACUUUUUAGUCACGUACCCAUGUGGUUUUACUGCCCGUCUCCCACUCACUCUGCGCUGAACUCUAUUGUCGUUGUAGUCUGAUGUGAGAUCAAACACAUUCAGUUGCUGAGUUUUGCUGAUAUGGAAUAUAACCCAAAUGUUCCAGUGCAACAGUACGAAGCACUGUAUGGACAACUAGGGUGUCUAUGGACUACUGGGGCCUCAGUAGCCACAAGAGAUCAAGGCAAGAAGCAAAGGGAAGGGGCCUCUCUAGCUGUCACGUCAAAAUAUAGACAUACGUGGAACUGCAAGGUCAUGUGCCAAAUCUGUCUCGCCAGAGUUUAUCCCGCAAGUUGGAGACAGAAUUAAGAGUUUUUUUGAGCUUUUUGUAUUAAGGAGGGCACUGCGUCGUACAACUUGAAGACGUGCUAGGGAGUCAUUGAAACCCCAGGGCGGCGAGCUAAACACAUCAGCAAACACUACACAUCUUAAGCGGUUAGAGCAGGGGUCACUAAUAGGCGGACUAAUAGGCCUCCACGGCACUCGUUCAGCCAGUCCAGGAAACGCACCGACCAAUUACAUGCAUUGUAAAUCAUACCACUUGAUGCUACUCGGCCAAUCAAAUAUAUGUAUUCCAAAAAGCAGAGGCUUGAGUGAUAUACAGUACAAACACACGAGAGAGAUUGGGCGAAAGACCAAGUAGUCAGAAGUAUGUGCAUCAGAGAAGUUAUUCCCCUAUGGUUAUUUCACAUGGCGUGUUUCAAAAAGAGAAAUGUGGACAGUAAGACCAGAGCCUUUAGCCAAGAAUGGAGAGUUCUAUGUUCAGUCUUCCCACGAGCAAUUUGUUUGUGUCUCAUAUGUUCAGACACCGUGGCGAUUAUUAAAAGCAGCAAUGUGAAGUGCCACUACUCGAUAAAGCACACAUUUUUGGAGCAAAUGUACCCUCUCAAAUCCGAAAUGAAGGCACAGAAAUUAAACAAUCUGUAGUGACCGUUGCUUCCCAAUAAAAAAGUCACUACGGUUGCUGUAAUGUUUGUUCUGACGCGUGCCAUAAAUAACAAAGUCCAGUUUCGAAUAUAGGCAUUUUAUUUCUCACAUAAUCAGAGUUCACCACUUUCUCUUCAGUUAUCCAUUUUCUCCAUAAAACCAACAAAUCAGAACAUUUGCAUUCGUUAAAUCUGCACGGUCAAAAACUGUUUGCU